AUGGCUGCGCUGUGCCUGGGUGCCAUCAGUGGUGUCGUCAUAAUCACACACCUCACUGUAGGCAUCGCUGCUUGGAACACAGCUGGGGAUAACAUGGUUGUGGAACACAAAGGUUUUCGCAGUAGAUGGAUUAUCAGUGCCGCUGCCGUGUCUGUCAGUGAUUUGCAAGACGUUGACAGCGCGGGCCCUACUACAGAUCCCGAUAGCAGUUGGGAGCAAGUUGAAUCACCUGACACUGAAAAUUUGUUUGGCAAGUUUGAUAACACUGACACUUUGGAUUCAUCGAUGGAAGCCCUGGAUAGACUUGAUGUUUUGCCUUUACAGGAGCCACGUUUCAUACACCCGAAGCCUAAGUCUGUUGCCACCAAACCUGCAUCUUUGUCAGCUGAGAGCUUAGCAGUCAAAUGCAUUGCAGAUGAGUUGGCAUCAAGACAUGUGCACAAGUCGACAUCAGACUUGAAACAGCCUUGGCAGAAGGGUUCAGAAUUGUCUCAGGUCUUCAUGGACGUUUUCUCGCCGAAGGCCACAGGUAUGAUCCUGAAGAGGCCCUACAACACCUUCACGGUUUGUGGACGCUUUGAGAUUUGCAAACGCUUUUAUUGGGUUUGCAUCUUCGUCACUGACAAACAUGCUCAGCCCAAGGGUGCAAUGACUUCCAAGCACCAAUCGUCGCGUGGAAAGGAGCAGCAAACGGAGCUUCUGCCUUUUACUGCGUUGGGCCAUGUUACAAUUGAAGACUCAUGGGGCGACAGCUGGAUGAAGUCGCGAGAUGCUGCUGAUGUGAGGUCUUGGAAUUACUUCUUGAAUUCCUGGUCUGGGAGCGAGCAAACUUGGACAGAUUCUUGCGUGUCCACGGCAGAGGCAACGGAGUGGCUUAGUGAGUUGUUGGAUCCCCGAGUUGGAAGUGACAGAGCAUCGUCCCUGACAUUGCAUGGAUUGAAAGCAACCUUGUUGAGAUGGGCGACCAAAAGCACCCUUUUCACAGCGGAUGAACAGCUGGCUUUGGGUCAUCAUGUGAACGCCCCAUACAGAUCAGCUAUGAUCCAUUCAAGGGACAACCAAAUUGAUUUGUACAACAAGGUUAACUCCAUGUUCACAAGCAUCAGGGAUGGCACAUUUGACCCCGAUGCGACCAGGGUCGGCCGCUUGUUUCAGCUGGCCCUUGAAACAGCCCUUGGAAGAAAUGAUGAAAGCAGUGACAGCAGUUCCAGCGAUUCAGAUGAUGCAUCCUCAGCGGCUUCGUCAAAUGGAGAGCACACCAGCUUGGGGCAAAAGACCACGUACAGGCGUUUGGAGGCUGACGACAUCGAGGCAGACCAAUAUUGGGUCAACAAGAGCUCAAAGGUGGCUCACCUGCUUGCUGGAGAGGACGAGAAAUUCUGGUGUGGCAGGCGACUGUUUUUCGAGGCACAUGCGCUGUCUUUGGAGGACCUUCAGUCCCGGGCCGACAGGCAUGACGAAGCCUUGCACUCCAAGAUCGAUACCUCGUUGGCGCUUGACAAUGCAGGAGGCUUGCGACUCAGCAAGAAGCAACGUCUUGAAGAUGUGAAUGUAACAGGGGAGCACAAGCUGCGACAAGCGUUUUUGAGGAGGUCACUGGCUUAUGACUUAGCUGGCAUAGCCACCUUUGCUGUGCUUGACUUGUGGACGCAGAAACUUUUUGAAAAGAUGAAUGAAGCCCCGCUUUCAGACUACAGGCACAUAAGUGUUGAGCAAGUGAUCAACGCUGACAAGGCUUUGUGGGUCAAAGUAUCUAACGAUACCCGUGGCCGACUACAGCCGAAGACCGGAGCAGACAAACCCUUCGAUGUGUCCUUCGACAAAUUCGCAGAGCAUCCAGAAGUCUUGCAGCAUUUGACACCGCUUCAAAGUGUGGGGGCUCACAAACAGGAUACGUCCUCAACGUUCUCUGGUGGAAAGGGCAAAAGUAAAAAUCAUGGUGAUGGAAAAGGAAAAUCCUCCAAGGGCAAAGGCAAGAGCAACACAGGUAUCGCUGUCCCUGAGGAUUGUGAGAUUUUCGUAGAUGGAAAGCAGCUCUGCAAACGAUGGCAGGGCGUCUUCACAUCAUUGGCGGCCCACUGCCCCCAAAACCAUGUGCAUGCGUCACGGCAACCUUACAAGAGCGAGCAGGGUGUCACAUUUCCCGCAGCAGCAGAGGCAGAAUAUCCAAACACCUUAUGCAAGCGCAUGGCAGAUUACGUACUGGAGGCAUCAGCUCACAUGGGUGACCAUCAGUCGUUGGAACUUGCUCGACGAAGCUGGCCAAAGAUUCUGCAUCAAAUUACAAAAGACGCCAUCGUACAGGUGGUUGGAACUUGCUCGACAAAGCUGGCCAAAGAUCGUUUGCCAACCGUUUUUCAUGUUGAGUUGGUGCCGGCCAACAUGACAGAAGACGAGCUGACGGCUUCGGCUAGAUGGCGUAGAACCUGCAUAAUGCAAACUGACAGACUGCCAUCCAAGAGUGAGGAAGAUGCAUUGUUGGACGCAACUGCUUCUGAAGUUGAGAAAGGCUUUUUGCAGGGUCCAUGUUCUGCAGCUGAAAUAUCAGUCCUGAUUGGGACCGAUUGUUGGUCAUUGAACCCGCGCUUCGUCCUGAUUCAAGGAGUGAAUCCAAAGGUGAGGGUCAUAGAUGAUGCAAAGCAGAGAGCAGUCAAUUCGGCGUGCCCAUCGGGAGUAAAGCUCCAAUUGCAAGAUGUUGAUUACACUACUGCAAUGGUACUUGGGGCUAUGCGUGCAGCUGGGCUUUCUAGCUCUGACGCGUUGGAAUGGCUUGGCAGUACCUUUGACCUCAGCAAAGCCUAUGAGCAACUGGCUGUGCUACCCGAUCGUUGA